CUAAUGUCGACUCUCAGGUAAUAGAGUUCAGACGGCCAAGCGAAAUGCCCGUGCGCGCGCAUCGUUCGUAGCACGACAAAAAUGACAGAAGCGAUGGAGUCAUCUUAAUAUGCACCACUCGCUGUGGAGUUGGCUUCAGCCAUACUCAGAUUAGGUCUGAUCGCCAUCAUGCAUUGUGCUCCCAGGCCAAAUACCCUCGAGACAUGCACUUCGCUGCUGAAAAGCAAGCAGAUCAAUUGCAGUUGCGCUGUUCUUGAGAUAGCAAAUACUUGCGAGGAGCGACACAGACCAGACAACCUCUGCUGCCAAAGACGAAUCUCAACAACCUAUGGGAAGGUCUCAAGCUCCCAUCAAUUUAAGAUCCUUAUAGGCGCCCUGUAUCCGUAUUAUCUGACCAUCGCGUCUCAUCUCCGCAGAGGCCUCCUGGUGUACUGUACCGUACAAGGGUGGUGCCCGGUUCUUCCUACUAUUGUGGUCAUAGCAUUGUUUUCACUAACGCAAGAGACCCAGCGCAAGUACUUGUUUUCUCUUUCAAAAAGCCACAGAAGAGAUGAUUUACAUCUUUUGCGUCUACUUAUUGGCACUACUGACGGACAUAUAUCUUUAUUUCAGUGGAGUGUUUCGAGCAUUGCAUCUGCAUAGAUAAUUACUUGUUGCAUAUUUUGGUUUCAGUGGCGUGUGCGAAGACGGCUUGACUGCCGGCCACAAUCCUGCAACGUGCGCCCCCCAAGAUGCCAACGUUCGGCGGUGUAGGGUUUCCCUUGCCGCCAAUCACCGUUGCUCUGGUUUCACUUCAGUCGUUCUAUGAUUAAGGUUCAGUCAUCGUCUGCAUGGCUUAAUGAAUGCCCGAUGCCUUGAGACUUUCUCAUUGAUAUUCAUAUCUGCAAAUGCAUA